UCCUUUCUCUGCGUUUUCUCCACACUUUCCUUUCCGUCUCCUCCUUCUCCUCCUCUUAAUUAUUCUUCUCCAGGAAGAAAACCCAUUUUCUAAUUUAGUUGCAGAUGAGUUUUGAGUAACUUCGGUGAAGUUUAGUGGCAGACCAAAUACCUUCACUUGAAGACCCUGCAAGUCUUUAACUUGCUGUUUCAAGGAUUCAGAAUCCAUGAUUAUUUGCUGAUUGUUAGCAGCGAAGAGAGCGUGUGGUAAAGAGAGUUUCUCUGGAGAAGAUCCAAUGGGAAACUGCUUACGUUCUUCAGCUAAAGUGGAUACAGCCACUUCUGGAUCAGGAGUCUCAAAAAAUUCCAGCAAAACAAGCCGUUCAUCAGCUCCUUCUAGCCUGACCAUUCCAUCUUACAGUGAAAAGAGCAAUGCUUCAAGUCUUCCUACUCCAAGGUCUGAAGGUGAAAUCUUGUCCUCUCCAAAUAUGAAACCCUUCACAUUCAAUGAGCUAAAGAAUGCCACCAGAAAUUUCCGCCCUGACAGUCUUCUUGGCGAGGGAGGAUUUGGUUAUGUUUUCAAAGGAUGGAUUGAUGAACACACGUUUUUAGCUGCAAAGCCAGGAAGCGGAAUGGUUGUUGCUGUUAAAAGGCUUAAACCUGAGGGUUUCCAAGGCCACAAGGAGUGGUUGACUGAAGUUAAUUACCUUGGCCAACUUCAUCAUCCAAAUCUGGUUAAGCUAAUUGGGUACUGUCUGGAGGGUGAGAACAGGCUUUUGGUCUAUGAGUUCAUGCCUAAAGGGAGCUUAGAGAAUCAUCUAUUUAGAAGAGGGCCGCAACCACUUUCUUGGGCAAUAAGGAUCAAAGUGGCAAUAGGUGCUGCUAGAGGGCUCUCUUUUCUUCAUGAUGCGAAAUCACAAGUCAUAUAUCGUGAUUUCAAGGCUUCUAAUAUCCUAUUAGAUGCGGAGUUCAAUGCUAAGCUUUCUGAUUUUGGUUUGGCUAAGGCAGGUCCUACUGGUGAUAGGACUCAUGUCUCUACUCAAGUCAUGGGUACUCAAGGCUAUGCUGCACCUGAAUAUGUUGCUACAGGUCGGCUGACUGCAAAAAGUGAUGUAUACAGCUUUGGGGUUGUAUUGCUUGAACUAUUGUCUGGACGGCGUGCGGUUGAUAAGACAAAGGUUGGUAUUGAGCAGAAUCUUGUAGACUGGGCAAAACCAUAUUUGGGUGACAAACGGAAACUUUUCCGGAUUAUGGACACCAAGUUGGAGGGCCAGUACCCCCAGAAGGGAGCCUAUACGGCUGCCACCCUUGCUUCACAGUGCCUAUGCGCUGAAGCUAAAGUCAGGCCUCGAAUGGCAGACGUAUUAUUAAGACUGGAAGAGCUUGAAGCCCCUAAAAAUGCAGGCAGACCCUCCCAAUCAGAGUCGCAUACAGUUACACCUGUCCGGAGAUCCCCAAUGCGUCAACACCAUUCUCCUCGAAAUCUAACACCUGGUGCAUCUCCAUUGCCAUCCCACCGGCAAUCGCCUCGAGUACGGUAGACAAACAACAUUUGAUCUGUAAAUUUCUUGUUUUGUUUCUAUGUUGUUGAUAUAGAAUGCAGCAUGGGCAUAUUUGUUGACACAAUUUUGAACUAUACUGAAUUGGUAGUUACCAUUUGUAUAUACCGAAGCUAUGUAGCUUUUUUUGUUUAAUUGAUCUGCUUGUUUAAUCCAA